GAUACAUCCAGGCCUGUCGAGCUCUGAUGAUAAUCGCUCUCAUUCUGGGUCUGCUGGCUGUCAUUCUAGCUACGAUGGGACUCAAGUGCACUAAACUGGGCAGCACAUCUGAGGAGUCGAAGGGCAAGAUCAGCCUCACAGCCGGAGUCAUGUUCAUCCUGUCGGGUCUGUGUGUUAUGGUAGCUGUGUCGUGGUACGCCGCUCGAGUCGUUCAGGAGUUUAAUAAUCCUUUUUACGGAGGAACAAAGUAUGAACUGGGCGCCGGUCUGUAUCUGGGAUGGGCGGCUGCAGCUCUGGCUAUAUUGGGCGGAGGAAUCCUCUGCACUUCCUUUAAGAGUUCAAGACCUGCCAAAACACGGGGUCACGACUAUAACUACAGCUCUUCACAGCCGCAGAAGAUCUACAGAUCAGCGCCGGCGUCAGAAAACAGCACCUCUAAAGCUUAUGUCUGAGCCUCUCAUUUUAGCUUUCAUUUUUUUGUACAUGGAAAUGUGUAUUUUUUUAGUUCUUGCAUUUUAGAAGUCGAACAAAUUGAGCUUAUUCCAUUGACUGAAUGUACACGAUUCAUCAGCGUUGAUUUCGUAAUGAGUUCGUUAUUUCAUAAUCUUGCAUUAAAAAUGUAUAUAGCUUUCUUAGCUAAUAUGAAAAGACUUCAGUUUUCAAGUUUCAACUAGCAGAGGCUGGCAGUGUUUCAGAAUUAGAUCAUCUAUAAUUCACUGCAUGUAAAAUAUCAGCUUUGACUCGAUUCUGAUACGAAACACUCACUUUACGGUGGAGUUAUUAUAGUGAACUAAAGCCAAGAUCUUUGAAAAAACUGAAAUAAAAUAUUUUGCCUGUAACUUAUUUUAUUUCAGAUAGUUGCCAAGGC